AUGCUUCUAGCCACGUUUAAGCUGUGUGCAGGGAGCUCCUACAGACACGUGCGCAACAUGAAGGGCCUGAGGCACCAGGCUAUGCUGGCCAUCGGCCAGGAGCUGAACCGGAGGGCGCUGGGGGGCCCAACCCCAGGUGCGUGGAUUAACCAGGUUCAGCGUCGGAGCUCUCUGCUUGGUUCUCGGCUGGAAGAAACCCUCUACAGCGACCAGGAGCUGGCCUAUAUCCGGCAGGGAGAGGAAGCCAUGCAGAAGGCCCUGGGCAUCCUCAGCAAUCAGGAAGGCUGGAAGAAGGAGAGCCAGCAGGCAAAUGGGGACAAAGUACUCAGUAAGGUGGUCCCAGAUGUGGGCAAGGUAUUCCGUUUGGAGGUGGUGGUGGACCAGCCCAUGGAGAGGCUUUAUGAAGAGCUUGUGGAACGCAUGGAAACAAUGGGAGAGUGGAACCCGAAUGUCAAGGAGGUCAAGGUCCUGCAGAAGAUUGGAAAAGAUACAGUCAUCACCCAUGAGCUGGCUGCAGAAUCAGCAGGAAACCUGGUGGGGCCCCGGGACUUUGUGAGUGUGCGCUGUGCCAAGCGCCGAGGCUCCACCUGUGUGUUGGCUGGCAUGGCCACACAUUUCGGGGAGAUGCCUGAGCAGAAAGGUGUCAUCAGAGGUGAGCAUGGUCCCACGUGCAUGGUGCUCCAUCCACUGGCUCAAAGUCCCUCAAAGACCAAACUCACUUGGCUGCUCAGCAUUGACCUCAAGGGAUGGCUGCCAAAGACCAUCAUCAACCAGGUCUUAUCACAGACUCAGGUGGAUUUUGCCAACCACCUGCGCAAGCACCUGGAGUCCAGCCCUGCUCCUGAAGCCAGAUGUUAA